UUUCUCCGCGGAUGCUCAUUAGUGCCGUUAGUCGAGAUGAUGGCAUCAAUAGGGGAUUUCGAUCCGCUCAACACCAGAGUCCCUGCAACUAAAAUAGAAGUUACCGUUUCUUGCAGGAGUCUGCUGGAUGUGGAUACAUUCUCCAAGUCAGAUCCUGUGGUCGUGUUGUAUUUGCAGGCCGUGGGAACCAAAGAAUGGAGAGAGUUUGGCAGGACAGAGGUAAUCGAUAACACUCGGAAUCCAGAUUUCGUCAGGAAGUUUGUCCUGGAUUUCUUCUUUGAAGAGAAACAAAAUCUAAGGUUUGAUGUGUACAAUGUGGACUCCAGAAGCUGUAACAUUUCCAAACAUGACUUUCUGGGCCAGACCUUCUGUACCCUUGGAGAAAUUAUCGGCUCCACAGGAGGGCGGCUGGAGAGAGUCCUCUCUGGGAUUCCAGGGAAGAAGUGUGGAGUCAUUAUCUUUACUGCAGAGGAGCUCAGUAACUGCAGGGAUAUUGCUACCAUGCAGUUGUGUGCCAACAAGCUGGACAAAAAAGACUUCUUUGGCAAAUCCGACCCCUUCUUGGUUUUCUACCGGAGUAAUGAGGACGGAACGUUUACCAUCUGCCACAAGACAGAGGUGAUCAAGAACACACUGAACCCGGUGUGGCAGUCCUUCACCAUCCCUGUUAGAGCUCUCUGCAAUGGCGACUACGACAGGACUGUGAAGGUAGAUGUCUAUGACUGGGACCGAGAUGGAAGCCAUGACUUCAUUGGUGAGUUCACCACCAGCUACAGAGAGCUGUCUCGGGGGCAGAACCAGUUCAAUGUCUAUGAGGUUUUAAAUCCCAAGAAGAAAGGCAAAAAGAAGAAAUACAUCAAUUCUGGAACUGUAACUCUGCUGUCCUUCAAAGUGGAGUCCGAGCAUACCUUUGUGGAUUUCAUCCGAGGAGGAACACAACUGAACUUCACAGUGGCAAUUGACUUCACAGCGUCCAAUGGUAACCCCUCCCAGCCCACUUCCCUCCACUAUAUGAGCCCCUACCAGAUGAAUGCAUAUGCCAUGGCCCUGAAAGCAGUGGGUGAGAUUAUCCAGGACUAUGACAGUGACAAGCUCUUUCCUGCCUAUGGUUUCGGAGCUAAGCUGCCCCCUGAUGGCAAAAUCUCCCACGGCUUCCCGCUGAGUGGUGACGCUGAGAAUCCAAACUGUGUUGGCAUAGAGGGGGUUCUGGAGGCCUAUUUUCAAAGCCUGAGGACAGUGCAGCUUUAUGGACCCACCAACUUUGCACCUGUUAUCAACAAAGUGGCAAACUGUGCAGCAGAGAUUACAGAUGGCUCUCAGUACUUUGUCCUACUGAUGAUCACAGAUGGAGUGAUAUCUGACAUGGUCCAGACCAAAGAGGCUGUGGUCAAUGCAGCAUCACUCCCCCUGUCCAUAAUCAUCGUAGGUGUUGGACCUGCUGAGUUUGAUGCUAUGGAGGAGCUGGAUGGAGAUGAGGUGCGAGUGUCCUCCAGAGGACGUCUUGCUGAGAGAGACAUUGUACAGUUUGUCCCAUUCAGAGACUACAUCGACAGAUCUGGAAACCAGGUUCUCAGCAUGGCCCGGCUGGCCAAAGAUGUCCUCGCUGAGAUCCCCGACCAGCUGCUGUCUUUUAUGAAGAGCCGAGGAAUUGAACCGCGACCGCCCCUCUCCUCCUCGCCGCUACCGGCGUUACACCGGCAUGUCUGACCCCAACACCGCCACGGCCCCUCGCAUCUGCCUUUCCAUCCUGACUCUCUCUCUAUCUCUCUCUUCCCCCCUCUG